AUGAUUGCCUCACAUCUGCUCGCCUACUUCUUUACGGAGCUCAACCACGACCAAGUGCAGAAGGUUGACCAGUAUCUCUACCACAUGCGUCUUUCUGAUGAAACCCUUCUGGAGAUUGCUAAGCGGUUUCGCAAGGAGAUGGAGAAAGGGCUUGGAGCCACCACUCACCCCACGGCUUCAGUGAAAAUGCUGCCUACCUUUGUGAGGUCUACUCCGGAUGGGACAGAACAUGGAGAGUUCCUGGCUCUGGACCUGGGAGGGACCAACUUCCGUGUGCUUUGGGUGAGAGUAACAGACAAUGGACUCCAGAAGGUUGAGAUGGAGAACCAGAUCUAUGCCAUCCCCGAGGACAUCAUGCGAGGCAGUGGCACCCAGCUGUUUGAUCACAUUGCUGAAUGCCUGGCCAACUUCAUGGAUAAGCUACAAAUCAAAGAAAAGAAGCUCCCUUUGGGUUUUACCUUCUCAUUCCCCUGCGUCCAAACAAAACUGGAUGAGAGUUUCCUGGUCUCGUGGACCAAGGGGUUCAAGUCCAGCGGUGUGGAAGGGAAAGAUGUGGUUACUCUGAUCCGGAAGGCCAUCCAAAGGAGAGGGGACUUUGAUAUCGAUAUUGUGGCUGUGGUGAAUGACACCGUUGGGACCAUGAUGACCUGUGGCUAUGAUGACCAGAACUGUGAGAUUGGUCUCAUUGUGGGCACGGGCAGCAACGCUUGCUACAUGGAAGAGAUGCGCCACAUCGACACGGUGGAGGGCGAUGAGGGCCGGAUGUGUAUCAAUAUGGAGUGGGGGGCCUUUGGGGAUGACGGCGUGCUUGAUGACAUCCGUACGGAGUUUGAUCAGGAGAUCGACAUGGGCUCUCUGAACCCUGGGAAGCAACUAUUUGAGAAGAUGAUCAGUGGAAUGUACAUGGGGGAACUGGUGAGGCUUAUCCUAGUGAAGAUGGCCAAGGAGGAGCUGCUUUUUGGGGGGAAGCUCAGCCCUGAGCUUCUUGCCACAGGCCAUUUUGAGACCAAAGAUGUUUCAGAUAUUGAAGGGGAGAAGGAUGGCAUCCGGAAGGCCCGUGAGAUCCUGGCGCGGCUGGGCCUGGACCCGACACAUGAGGACUGCGUGGCCACUCAUCGGGUCUGCCAGAUCGUGUCCACACGCUCAGCCAGCCUGUGCGCUGCCACGCUGGCGGCCGUGCUGCGGCGCAUCAAGGAGAACAAGGGCGUGGACCGGCUGCGCUCGACUGUUGGGGUCGACGGCUCCGUCUACAAGAAGCACCCCCAUUUUGCCAAGCGUCUUCACAAGACCGUGCGGCGCCUGGUGCCCGACUGUGACGUCCGCUUCCUCCGCUCUGAGGAUGGCAGCGGCAAGGGGGCCGCCAUGGUGACGGCGGUGGCCUAUCGGCUGGCCGACCAGCACCGGGCCCGCCAGAAGACCCUGGAGUCUCUGAAGCUGAGCCGUGAGCAGCUGCUGGAGGUCAAGAGGAGGAUGAAGACAGAGAUGGAGCGAGGUCUGAGCAAAGAGACUCACGCGACUGCCCCUGUCAAGAUGCUGCCCACCUAUGUGUGCGCCACCCCUGAUGGCACAGAGAAAGGAGACUUCCUGGCCUUGGACCUCGGGGGCACCAAUUUCCGGGUGCUGCUGGUGCGCGUGCGGAACGGGAAGCGGCGCGGAGUGGAGAUGCACAACAAGAUCUACUCUAUCCCGCAGGAGGUCAUGCACGGCACGGGGGAGGAGCUCUUCGACCACAUCGUCCAGUGCAUUGCGGACUUCCUGGAGUACAUGGGCAUGAAGGGUGUGUCCCUGCCUCUAGGUUUCACUUUCUCCUUCCCCUGCCAGCAGAACAGCCUGGACGAGAGCAUCCUCCUGAAGUGGACGAAAGGCUUCAAGGCGUCCGGCUGCGAGGGUGAGGACGUGGUGAUGCUGCUGAAGGAGGCCAUCCACCGGCGGGAGGAGUUUGACCUGGACGUGGUUGCCGUGGUGAAUGAUACAGUUGGGACUAUGAUGACCUGUGGCUAUGAAGACCCUCACUGUGAAGUCGGCCUCAUUGUUGGCACAGGCAGCAAUGCUUGCUACAUGGAGGAGAUGCGGAAUGUGGAGCUGGUGGAAGGGGAAGAAGGGCGGAUGUGUGUCAACAUGGAGUGGGGGGCUUUCGGGGACAACGGAUGCCUCGAUGACUUCCGCACAGAAUUUGACGCAGCUGUGGAUGAGCUCUCCCUCAACCCUGGCAGACAGAGGUUUGAGAAAAUGAUCAGCGGCAUGUACUUGGGCGAGAUUGUUCGUAAUAUCCUCAUCGAUUUCACCAAGCGUGGGCUGCUUUUCCGUGGCCGCAUCUCAGAGAGGCUCAAGACAAGGGGAAUCUUUGAAACCAAGUUCCUGUCUCAGAUUGAGAGUGACUGCCUGGCCCUGCUGCAGGUCCGUGCCAUCCUGCACCACUUAGGGCUCGAGAGCACGUGCGAUGACAGCAUCAUCGUCAAGGAGGUGUGCGCCGUGGUGGCUCGACGGGCAGCUCAGCUCUGUGGCGCAGGCAUGGCCGCUGUAGUGGACAAAAUCCGAGAAAACCGUGGCCUGGACACCCUCAGAGUGACAGUGGGUGUGGACGGGACCCUCUACAAGCUGCAUCCUCACUUUGCCAAAGUCAUGCAUGAGACGGUGAAGGACUUGGCUCCAAAAUGUGAUGUAUCCUUCCUGGAGUCAGAAGAUGGCAGUGGGAAGGGGGCAGCUCUCAUCACUGCUGUGGCCUGCCGCAUCCGAGAGGCUGGACAACGGUAG